AUGGACGAUUUCGUUUACUGGAAAUAUUCAAAGGACGUGGUAUUUUCUACUAAAUCAGCCUACGCUAUGUUGUUAAGAAAUCCAGACUACUCUGCUGGGCUUCUUAAUAAUGCAUUACCUCUCACUGGUAUAUUACAACAACACGGGAUUCCAGUGGAUACCACUUGUGUUCUUUGUCUGGGAAAUCACGAAUCGGUUGAACAUCUUUUUAGAGAUUGUCCUUUGGUUAGGGAAGUCUGGGUGACUGCUCCUCUUAUUGCGUCGCUUCAAGUUCGUCGAGACAUUACUUUCUCUGCUUGGUUUGUUGAGAUAGUUUUGGAUUUACGACGAAAUAAGUCUUGGGAAACUUUGGAAUGGGUUUCUCGUAGUCUUGCGGCUGAGGAUUUUAAGUCUGCUAUUCGAUCAUUAGGGAUGGCUUCAACUGCCCUUCGACAUCAUGUUUCUUCGUCAUGUCUUUUACAAGGCUCAUCGGAUUCAAAUGUUGAUAUAUGCCUUGUGUUUGAUGGUGCUUAUACUCUUCAUGACCAUACUGCAGGGGCAGGUUGGAUUUUUAGAUCUUCGGAUUCAGACAUUGUACUUGGUGGUGGUUGUAGAGCCUUCACUUCGUCCUCGACUUUUCAGUCUGAGUUGCAGACUUGUUUGUGGGCUCUUAAGGCGGCUGAUCGUCGUGGUUUUAGGCGUUUGCUUAUCUACACAGAUUGCUCAACUUUGUUAACUUUCCUUACAAAUAAGAGAUGUCAGGAUAUCUCUUGCUUAUGGUUGCUUCAGGAUAUAAAGGUUAUCCUUACUCGGUUUUUAUUCUGCGAAGUUCGGAAAGUUCCUCGUCAGUGGGUGGCCCCAGCUCAUUGGUUGGCAUCUCAAGCUCGUCAGCGUCGUAUGUUGUUAUGGUCCUGCUAG